AUGGCAGAAGAAGAGGGGAGUAACACCUCCACUCCACGGUCCUUCGCCGGCCAAACCGUGUCCGCAGAGGAGAUGCUCAAAGAGCAAACCGUCGGUCUGGUUCAUCUCUCCGACUUUCGCAAGCGGCGCGCGGAUGUUCUAGAGGCAAAAGAGCGCGAGGCGCAUGACAAGUCUCUGGGGCUACUGGCAUCUGGUAAUUCACGAAGCGCAACUCCCUCUGCAGGCGAUGUGACUGACGUGUCAACACCUUCCCGGAGUGACGGUCCCCCGAAAAAGAAGAAAAAGAAGGCUUUGGCAAAAAGCAAGCUAUCAUUCGGCGACGACCAAGAUGAGGGAGAGGAAUCCGCAGCAACCCCACGCGACUCAAGCGUAUCACGGUCAGGUUCUAAAACACCUGGCGAGGAUAGCACUACGCGACGGAUGAAAGCAAACCCGAACGCACCCCCUCCACCCAAAGCCUUGACAAAGGCAUCCUUGGAAGCUGAAGCGCUGGCUCGCGACACUCUCCGAAAGGAGUUCUUAAUCAUGCAGGAGGCUGUGAAGAAUACCGAUAUUCUCAUUCCAUUCGUCUUCUAUGAUGGAACGAGUAUACCAGCUGGGGCCGUCAAAGUCAAAAAGGGUGACCACGUCUGGUUGUUCUUGGAUCGGUGCCGGAAGGUUGGUGCUGAGAUGGGCGUACGUGGUGCCAGCGGUACAUCCAAGGCAAAGAAAGAUAAUCGCCGCGAGUGGGCACGAGUCAGUGUCGAUGACUUGAUGCUUGUCAAGGGCGAUAUUAUUGUUCCGCAUCAUUACGAGUUUUACUACUUCAUCGCCAAUCGAGUGCCCAGUCUUUCUCGAGCUGGUGGCUUGCUAUUUGAUUAUUCCAACAAGCCCCCUGUUGCCAAUUCCUCCGAUGAUCCGCUGUCCCGACCUAGUGACGAUCAACUAGAGGGUGCAGACAAGGAUUUCUCAGAAACCAAGGUCGUAGAUCGACGGUGGUAUGAGAAAAACAAGCACAUUUACCCAGCCAGUCUGUGGCACGAGUAUGAACCCGGGAAAGAGUUUGAAGAGAAGAUGACUUCAACACGGCGCGAUGCCCAAGGAAAUACCUUCUUUUUCUAG